GCCCCUUCCAUAUUAGCUUAUCUGGGUGGGGCAUUUCAGAGCCAUCUCCCAAGCUCCCUUCUGCAGCAGUCAGUACACACUGCGGACUCAAGGACCCUGGACAGACUGACCAGACACAGCUCUUGGCCCCAUGGAGCUCCAGGAGACCAUCUUCGUGCUCUUUGCACUGUCACUGUCAUCGGUGGAUGCCCAGGAAGUGAUUGAGAGGAGGCUGGAGCCAUGGCUGGUGGGUCUGACGGCUGUUGUGGGCUUCCUCUUCAUUGUCUUUGUCCUAAUGCUGGCCAACCGGUUGUGGUGUAAGAAGAGGAACAAUGAAGAGGAGUCUGGAGAGGCCGAAGCAACUGUGAGCCCCUAUGAAAACAUUCUAAUGAGGAAAGAAUCUGAAUCACCAAAGGAGGAGAAAGGCCACACCAAUGAAGCCUUGGAAUCAGAUGAAAAGACCCCUGACUCCAGUGAUGCUAAGAAAUUUACUUCCUUGUGAGGGAGGCUCUCUCACCAUGGAUCUCACCUCGGGUGGAUGCCCUGAUUUCUUUACGUUUGUCUCCCCAAUUCCAUCUCCGGCUUUUGGGGCCCAAGGAACGACUUGAACUGUAAUAAAAGAAUCCUGUUAAUCCUAGGCCCUAUUCCUCCUCUUCUCUCUCAGUGGGAUGCAUGGAGGAAGCAGGGCUGUGAUUCCACCCUCUUCUCUUCCCUCCCCCUGCCCCUGCAGAUUAGUUUACAAAUAAAGGGUUAUUUAUGGAAAAUCCA